AAUUUUAUUUUUUUUUAUAUUUUUUUUAUUAUUAUUUAUUUUUUUAUAAUCAUAUCUACUUUUCGUUGCUCACAUAAAGAAUUUCGAAAAUUGAAGCAUAUCUCGGGUACGUAAUGUACAUGUCCUGAUUUCGAAUAUUUAUAAUUUUUUGGUAGGAAGUUUUGAAAUAUCGCUGUUAAGAUUACUCGUAAUUUGAAUGUUUUAAAAUUGUUUUUGUUGUUAAUAUAUACAUAAAUAUCAUUACAGUUUUAUUAUAACAUUAAUUUUCUUAUUAUAAUAAUGUUCUUAUUAUUUUUAUGACAUCUACUUUACCCCUGUGCAAAUAUUGCACUUCUUUUGUUAAACGGUCUAUUGAGUUUCCGUCAGAUAUCGUUUGCACAUCAACUCUUCACACCUGCGGCCAUAAUCCUGCAACUUUACUCAACACUCAUGACAUUCUUUGAGUUUUCAUGGUCCAUUUUAACUAAUUAAGGACUUUUUUUUCGAUUGCCUCACGAACGUUUUAUAUGUAUGUAUUUGUAUCGUUCAUACUAAUAGCAACUCAAUGCCAUUACAUUAACAUUUGUCAGUGCAAAAAUAAACCAGUUGCAGUAUUGUUUCUACAAUUAACUGACCGAACUUGCUGGCUUAUAUAAAACGAGUAUGAGUGCCCAUUUAACAAAUAAUUUCUCCUCUUUUAUUAUUAUGAGCAUAUAGAACCAUACAUAUGUACAUUCGUUCUGCUGACAUUAUUUUCAGAUCCUAAAAUCUUGUUUUUUUUGUUGUUUAAAUUAAAAAAAGGGAAUUUUCAUACAUUUGUAACAAAUUGUAAGUAUUAUUUGUAGCCACUUUGUUUAAUUAUUUCCUUAUAUUUAAUAUAGUUAAUACAUGCAAAUGCGUAUGUAUAUUUUGACCCUUAACUACAUUUUCCAAACGAUUGUGGCCAUAUUCCAUACUAGCAACCUCUUCUCCAUCCACUCAACGUACACACACACAUAUAUAUUUAUAUUGCUGACUAUUUUUUUGUUACGUCUUACGGUUUUAAUUCAAUUAUUUUUUACUUCGCCUUAAUAAAUAUAUUUUUAGCUUGCUCGAAAUCGUUUAUUCGUAAAUGUUCUUUUCCUAUUGAAUUCAAACUUUAAUUCAAUCAAAAAGACGGUUUUAUUUAAAGCGAUUUGACGUCAAAAAAUAUUAAAAGAUAAAACAACUUCAGAUUGAAUGAAAUAUUAUUGCAAUUUUUACCAUAUACAUAGUAUGUACAUAUUAAAUGUAUGUAAAACUACUGACGCAUACUUAUGUACAUGCAGUCUGUGGAUCCCUUAAAUUAAAAUCAAUUCCCGCCAACAUUAUUUAUUAAAUUAUUAACUUUUUGCCGAUAUUUUUAUUGCGAGUAUCCAACGUAACAGCAAUACAUGCACACACAGAUACAUCCAAUGACCACCAACAAUAACAGCAAAGGGCAGCAAGAAGAACAUGGCACCGACAACGCCUACACCCACAUUUACAUACAUGCUUAAGUAAAUGCAUACACAAAUGUGUGUAUGCAUAUGCGUACGAGAAGGAAAAGUUAAUAAGAAGUAUAUAAAUAAAAAACGAAAAAACAAAUCAAAGCAAAGCAAAGAUAAGAAUUAGGCAGUAAGCUACGUAAAAUUGUCAGAAUUUUCGGUAUAGAAUUUAAUUCACAUAAAAAGAUACCGAAACAAAUAGGUAUAUACAUAUAUUUUUUUUUUAAUCUCGUACAGUGCAGAAAAUAUUAAGAAAUCAAAUUAAAUAAUAUGAAAGCAUAAGAAGAUUAAUAUUAGUGGAGCAAGCGUAUAUUUAAAAAAUAUAACACUUGCAUUCGACAAUUACGAAAUAAAGUAAUUAUUUAAAUUAAAUUUUAUUAAAAAGAAAACAGAAAGUGAAGUAUAAUUAUAACAAAAUGCAUUUUCUUUUCAAUUUUUCUGUUUCAUUUGUGUGUGUGCGAGUGUGGCUGUGGGUGGAUUGAGAAGUAUAUAGAUAAGUUCGAGUUAUUGCUGUUUAUUAAACGAACUAUUUUCAUAUUUGUAGGGGAUCUUAAGAAUUAAAAAUUCCAGAAGAGUUUUCGUUAAUUAUUUGUAUCGAAAAAAUUUUAUUAUCAGUCGCGGUCAAUUUCUAGAAUGACUGAGGGAGAAUGCUUUAUGUCAUAGGGGAGAAACGACAUGUCUGGAUUCGAUAGUUUUUGAUAGUAGAAGUAAACGCUAAAAUCAAUCAAAUUCAGUGUAGUACAAUUCUCAUUUCAUGUCAUUGCAUAAAACUUGUUGUAGCGUCUGAAGAUUUUUCAAAAUGAAAUGGGGGGAAAGGUGCCGAGUUGACCGAAUAAAAAUGUAGAUGUCUUUAUAGCUCAGGCAACAACAAUAUUAUCGAAUUUAAACUAAAAUAUCCUCUUGCUCCCGCGUUUUCUUGAAUAUAAUACGGCUCGCCUUCUUCCGUUAACCCACAUUUCUAAAUAUACUGUAGUUUCUUACCAAAAGUGAGUUAAAUCUCUCGUAAACACCUCUCUCUGGUUUUAUACCGUACAUGUCCGUUAGAGGUAGAUAUUUCAAAAGAAUAAAAAGAGAAUAUUUUGCUUAGUAUAAUAUAGUUUUGUAUCAAAAUUGAGUGGUAUCAGUUCAUACCUUCUAUGCCGAAUAUGCUAUCAUGUGCUAGUUAAGUUGACUUAAAAAUUAGUGAGCCAGAAUGUCGAAUAACCAUUUUGUAGACAUGCAAAACAGUUUCUAACGUUCUACUGUACUCGAUCUUAGCUAAUACAUAAUUGUUUUAGGUAUAAUAAGUUUUUGCAGAUGUCUCGAUAUACAAGUAUUUGUACAUUUUUCGUAAGCGAAAGUAUUUAGUAUUAAAUUCCACAAGUGCCUAGUCUUCCUUAAGCUUACCAACGAAAUGAAAGUGAAAAACAAUUAUAAAUAAUAUUUUUUAUACUUUUAUAUCUAAAAUGCGAUCUAGUGUUUAUUUUAACAAACACUGUACGUUUCAGAUUUUUCAACCUUUUUCGUAAGCAUGUGUUAAUGGUGUAAGAGUUACCUGAAUAGAAGUAGCGUUUCAGCAGGUCAUAAAGGCUUUCGAAACCUUUCUUACCUGCGGGAAAAUCCACUUCAACAGUUCACGCAUUCGUAGUUUUAUGUUUGAAUAGUGCCGAUUUUCAAAACUAAAACCUUAAUUUGUUUACAAUAACCUCUUUAAAUACACCGCACUUCUUAGAAAUUCCAACAAUUUCAAAAACGUCAUUAAGUAGUUCCAAACUGUACUGGCUGAAGGAGAUAGCGAAUAAAGGGGAAAAUACGAACCAGAACGUUAUCAACUCUUAGAAUGGAACUUGAAAUAUCAUAAAAAUAAUUAAAUAAUUUCAAAUCGUUUUCGUUUAAACCAGCGAGAAUAGAAUACAAGAAACUUAACAAAAAAUGCAUUCGCUUUCCACUCGCCUACAGGAUAAGGAUAAGUCUUUUAAUAUAGUUUUUACUGCAAAUUUGAGCAUUUUGAUCAUUUAUGAGCUUGAAGUUUCAAUUUUAUUGUGUUUUUAAACGCAAACUAAGCUCUUCAAAUACUUCCAAGUCAACUUAAUUUACUCUACGAAAAAUGCUCCAUGAACUUCUCUCUUGACUACUAACUUUUCGAAACGAUUUUUUGAAAGAGUAUAUUCCAGUGGACUGGAAAAAAUUUCCAUUUCCAAAUGACAUAACCAUUUGAAAAUUUAUAUUUGUGUAUUCACUUUUUAAAAUAAAACUCACGUGGCUUACAUACUUUUAGGCGCACGCAGUUUGUAUACUGAAACACUGCACACUCAUUCAAUUUUAUUUCAGAUUUCCAAGCUUUCAAUCAUAUUUAAUUUCAAAUAUUUCGAAAAAUUCAAUAAUGUAAGCAAAUUUUGUUCAUCCAAAAUCAAACAAAAAAAUCCUUAAUAAAAUUAAAUAUAAAAAAAAAUAAGUAUUGCAUUGACCACCAAACGUUUCGACUAUGAGCGGAAAAGUAGGACCACUAUCGCGUAUUUACAAUGGUAUGAUAGGCACCGCAGAUAAAUUUGUACCGGCGUCCAUGCGUCCGCUGUGGGAACAUCCAGCAGGUCCGAAAACAGUAUUCUUCUGGGCACCAAUAUGCAAAUGGGCACUCGUCAUUGCUGGCAUUGGAGAUAUGAAGCGUCCCGCUCAUUCUUUAUCACUGAAUCAAUGUGCAGUUAUAGCCACAACUGGUAUAAUUUGGUCUCGGUAUUCGCUGGUCAUAAUCCCUAAGAACUAUUCCUUAUUCAUGGUAAACAUGUUUGUCGCAACUACACAGCUAUAUCAGGUGGCACGCGCCUUAAAUUAUCAGUAUGGCUUGAAAGAUAAAGCGGAGUGAAGAGUGUUUUAUAAAAAGAAUUAAUAUUCGUCGGUGAAGUUUGGUGGGAAUGAAAAUGAGCAGUUUGUUAUCACCAAAUUUUUUGCUCGUCAAAAGCACCCCUUGGUUGGUGCUCAACUUGAAGAGUUGUGAGAAAUAAGUCGAAUAAAUCCAAAAUCGAAUUGAAGUCUAGUUCAAAACAAGUGGAACAAAAAAUUAUCGCAUUAUACAAUUUUGUUUUAUGUACUCGAAUUAGGUCAUCAAUGUUGUGUCCUUAAUCGGUUUCGAGAAAAAUUAAACUUCGAAUGUACUUUUCAGUAAUAGCGACUAUUUUUAAAGUAAAUUAUUUUUUAAAUUGUAUUUAAACAAAAGUAUAAGGUAAAUUUUAAUUAAAUAUCGAUGUUUAAAAAUAAACAGCAAUACAUUUAUAGAGUAUCAUGCAAAUACUUGUAUUUAUGUAUAUAUAUAUACAGUUAUGUGAAAGAUAAUAAGGACAGAGAUGCAUAAAAACAAAACAAACGUGUUUUUUGCAGAGAUAAGGCAAAAAUAAUACUUUUAGUUUUAAUAUCAAUCAAUUAAAACCUGGUUGCAUCGAUAUGUGAAAGGAUUCACUGCGAUCCGAAAACUCGAGAACAUAUCAAAUAUUUAGUGAGACAAUGAAAUUUACAGAAAAUUAGCGAAUUUACUGAAUGCUUCCAAAACUCUGGUUGGACAAGCAGUAAAAUGGGUUCACCAGAUUGAAACCUGCGACAGGAAGUCAAAAAUAGCAUUGUUUGUCAAAAAAAUAUAGAGUGCUGUGUUAAAUAAAUAACAAUGAGGUAACAUUUUCGGGUUUGACGAAACAAAAGUCAACUUAUUUAAUUCUGAUUGAGAUAUUCAUUAUGUAAAAAGAUCGAAUAAUGCAGUCUAUAACUCUAAGUAUACGAUAAGGACCGUUAAACAUGUUGGCGGAAACAUGGUUUGGGGAUCGUUUUCAUACAAUUGUCUCGGCUCACUGCAUAGGAUACAGGGGACUAUGAAGGCAACCGAUUCUGUGGCAAUGCUACAAGAAUUUAUGCUAUAGAACGCUGAAGACAAUAUGCUACUUAGGUGGAUUUUUGUGCAGGACAACGACCCUAAAAAUACAAAAGUGUACAAAAGAUUGGUUUAGGGUCAAUAAUGGAAUGGCCACCGCAGUCCCCGGAUCUAAAAUCCAUUGAAAUUUUGUGGAAUACAGUGAAAGCGUCAUUAAAAAGAAAAAAAUGCCCGAGUAAUAAUGAAGAGCUUUUUCAACUUAUUCGAAAAUCAUGGAAUGCAUUUCCGGUUUUCGUCUGCCUAAACCUAGUUAACUCUAUACCGAAGCGGUGCCGAUAAGUUUUAAACAACCAUGGAUUUUCAGCAAAAUAUUGAACUACUUAGAAAUUGAUAUUAUCACAAUUAAAUAUAUACUAUUUUUCUAAACAUAUUCUACAUCUUAUGAAAGAUUUAAAUUACCUGAAGAUGAUCAACUACAUCUGAGAACUCAAAGCAGAAUAUCAAUAACGUUUCAUCUACCCAAAACAUACGGGAAUAGUAAAGAAGAGCCAAAUUAAUUAAGAGUAACUUAAGAAGUUACACUUUUUCAAAAAAAUAUUCGUUAUCAAAUUUUUCUCUUACUGAUAUUAUUUAACAAAAUUGUAGCGCGCAUAUAAUAAUUGGUUCCACUGUUGUGAGUCUUACCAACACAGUCUGUUCCACGUGUAGCCAGUAAUCUUGGCGUUAUACUCGCCUUUUAUAUUAGCGGUUUAUAGAUGUAGUGGUAAUAAAGCAUACUUUUUGCAUGUAAAUACACACACAUGUUCAUAUAUUGAAUAUUUAUAAUAGGGGGUUUCACACCGCAUUCAGUAACCCUAAGAUUCAAAGUGUAUUUUACGUUUCAAGGUAGUCGGUUUACCGAUCACAACUUUUAUUUUUUUACUUUUACUGAGUAGAUAAUAACGUGUCUGGUUAACAACCAUCUGUCGGUUAAGUUCUGGUUAACUUAACCUAGACUCCUUCUUUCGGCAAAGAACCUAUUUUCAACUAGAACUUAACUAACAGAUUGCCGCUGACCAGACAUUGAGAAAUAAAUUAUCACAAGUUGAAACACUUUGAAUUUCUGCUUCAAACAAAAAAAGCUAAUUUAUUUAAUAAAGAAUAAAAUAUUCGCAAGUGUAUGCUAAUUUAAAAGUUUGCACAGUACAACACUAAGAAAUUCGGUGUAAAAAUCCCCACUUGAAUUCUUUAUCAGAUAAUCCUCGAAUCAUAAAAGCUCAACGAGCAAAACUAGUUAUCUGACAGUUCUUCACUAUCUAGCAAACGGUGAGGAAGUCAACACCAGUAAUUGUUCAAGUAAGGUACCUUGUAUACCUUGCCUUUAGGAUAAAGUUAGAAAAUUGUAAAUACGAGUAACUAGUACAAAAUAUCUAAUCUCAAACGAAACAAAAGUCUGAAACAAGUGCUUAGACAACAACAA